AUGGCAGUAGCGAGUUCGGGAGAGCAGCUGGGAGUGUACGAGAGCAGCUCUCUGAUCCCUCAUGUAGAAACCGGUGGUAUCUCAGCUUCUCGUCAGGCAGAGCAUCAUCGGGUUCAUGAAAGGACCACCUCCCGUCUCUACAUCUCGCAUUUCCUGUCAACGUGGAACUCUCGCGUCUUCGAGUUCGGGGCCGUCCUGUACCUAGCAUCGAUAUAUCCACAUACUCUGCUGCCCAUGUCUGUCUAUGCGCUGUCUCGUGGUGUGGCGACCAUCCUCUUUGCGCCGGCAGUGGGACACUAUAUAGACACGGGUGAGCGGCUCAGGGUGGUUCGCUCUUCCAUCGUAUGGCAGCGGCUUGUGGUGAUUGCAUCGUGCGUCAUCUUUUACCUGCUGGCGAGUGAUAUCCCCACGAUGCAAAAAGGCGAUUUUUACUUGCUGGCGAUCCUGGCCCUUUUAGCCUGCGUGGAGAAGCUAUGCUCCAUUACAAACAUGAUCUCAGUAGAGAGAGACUGGGUGGUGGUUGUUGCCGGGGAGGACCACGCAAGUCUGACAAUGAUGAAUGCCCAGAUGAGGCGGAUUGACCUGAUUUGCAAACUUUUUGGGCCUCUCUUCAUUGCCCUAAUAGACGGCAUAUCUACAAAGACAGCCAUUCUCGUCAAUCUCGGAAUGAACACAUGCUCGGUAGUUUUUGAAUACUUUGCAAUAGCCAGGGUAUACUAUGAUGUGCCCGAGUUGCAGAUACCAAAGGGGAUUUCCAGUAAUAUACCCCCCAACGUGGCAUCGGAGAGACACAGCUUCGUUAUCCGUAUCUGGGGCUCUUGCCGCAACAUCACCCAGAAAGCUCUAUCAGAUUUCAACUUCUAUUUCCACCACGCUGUCUUCCUCCCAUCCUUUGCCGGCGCGUUGCUCUACCUCACGGUUCUAUCAUUCGGUGGCCAGAUGGUCACUUGGCUUCUGGCCGCAGGCUACAGUUCAGCUCAUGUUGCCAUUACUAGGACCCUAUCAGUCAUAUUUGAGGUGCUCGCCACAUGGAUUGCGCCCUGGCUGAUGGGAAGAAUAUGGCCAACUCGGGCUGGCUUGUGGUUAGCUAACUGGCAGAUUGUCUGCUUAGGAGCUGGAUUUUCUAUCUUUUGGAGAUUCGCCGACUACCCUUUUAUAUCAGCAUCUGGUCUUGUAGGCGGCACAAUUCUCAGCCGUAUAGGGCUGAGAGGGUUUGAACUGUGUGCCGAUCUCAUCGUUCAGGAGGGCGUUGAAGCAAAGGCUCGGGGUGCGUUCUCGUCAACUGAGGCUGCAUGGCAAAGCUUCUUUGAGAUAUGCUCCUAUAUCUCAACUAUCAUAUUCUUCCACCCAGAUCAAUUCGGAUGGCCCGCCCUAAUCAGCGUGGUUGCAGUUGCUAUUGCGGGUAUCCAAUACAUGGUUUUUGUCUGGGUUCAGCGAGGCCACUUGGUGCAUUUGCCAAACUGUCUGUCCCAGGAUCGUCUGCGUCGGUCAAGGGAGCAUGGCCUGGAAAGAAUUCUGUCGUCUGCGGAUUUAUAA